GACAGAGAGAAAGCCUCAGAGCGGGAGGGUGUGUGGAGCAGAGCCAGAGCUUAGAGAGACCCAGUGAGGGCGGGUGCAGGCAGAGGCAAAGCCAGUGACCUCAGGUGCCUGCGACCCCGGAUUCCAGGGCACUACAGGAGUUCAGAGGAGCACCGGGCUACCGGCCAAGAGGUGGUGCGGGGCUGGGGGAGAACACUCGCCUAGGUGAUCGCCGGUGAGGUGACCCCAGACUCCGAGAGGUUCCGUGCCCAGGUGCUCGCCUGGGAGGUGGUGAGGGGCUCCGGGUGGCUGCGUGUCUAGGUGCUGGCCCGGGGGGGUGGUGCGGGGUUCUGGGUUGCUGGAUGCCCUCUGGGUAGCCAUGGCGACAGGGGCCAGGGGUCGCUGGGCGGCCGCAUCGCCGAGGGGCUGAGUCGGCAGAGGGCUGCGCCAUGGCGGCGCGGGGUUGCCGGCCCUGAGCGCCAGCUGCGGGCGCGCACCAUGAACUCGUGGGACGCGGGCCUGGCGGGGCUGCUGGUGGGCACGAUCGGCGUGUCGCUGCUGUCCAACGGGCUGGUGCUGCUCUGCCUCCUGCACAGCGCUGACAUCCGCCGCCAGGCGCCGGCGCUCUUCACUCUCAACCUCACGUGUGGCAACCUGCUGUGUACCGUGGUCAACAUGCCACUAACACUGGCCGGCGUCGUGGCACAACGACAGCCGGCCGGGGACCGUCUGUGCCGCCUGGCCGCCUUCCUCGACACCUUUCUGGCAGCCAACUCCAUGCUCAGCAUGGCCGCGCUCAGCAUCGACCGCUGGGUGGCUGUGGUCUUCCCGCUGAGCUACCGUGCCAAGAUGCGCCUGCGAGAUGCCGCCUUCAUGGUGGCCUACACGUGGCUGCACGCGCUCACCUUCCCGGCCACUGCGCUCGCCUUGUCCUGGCUCGGCUUCCACCAGCUGUAUGCCUCAUGCACGCUGUGCAGCCGGCGGCCUGAGGAGCGCCUGCGCUUUGCUGUCUUCACCAGCGCCUUCCAUGCGCUCAGCUUCCUGCUCUCCUUCAUCGUGCUCUGCUUCACGUACCUCAAGGUGCUCAAAGUGGCCCGCUUCCACUGCAAGCGCAUCGACGUGAUUACCAUGCAGACGCUUGUGCUGUUGGUGGACAUCCAUCCCAGUGUAAGGGAACGAUGUCUGGAGGAACAGAAGCGGAGGCGACAGCGUGCCACCAAGAAGAUCAGCACCUUCAUAGGGACCUUCCUCGUGUGCUUCGCACCCUAUGUGAUUACCAGGCUGGUGGAACUCUUCUCCACAGCGCCCAUUGGCUCCCACUGGGGUGUGCUGUCCAAGUGCUUGGCCUACAGCAAGGCUGCUUCUGACCCUUUUGUGUACUCCUUGCUGCGACACCAAUACCGCAGGAGCUGCAAGGAGCUCCUGAACAGGAUCUUCAACAGACGCUCCCUUCACUCUGUGGGCCUCACAGGUGACUCUCACAGUCGGAACAUUCUGCCAGUGUCGGAAUGAAGGACCACUCUCCUGUUGGGGAGUUCAGAAUGAGGUGGCCAGAGCAGAGGGAGGUGGUCUGGGACUCCUGGGUGGACAAUAACUGCCUGGUGAUUGCCGUUAUUCUGAUGUCUGAACAAGAUCUGGGGCCUGCUUCUUGGCUCUUCCAGGGCAGAUGCCAGACUGUCCCUAUUUGUCACCAAAGGAUGGCCAUAGGCCACGCUCUGGCCUUUCUUUCUGAGAGUGUGUUUUGAGAGCUUAGACUCACCAAAGGCCUCCCAGAGGAUGGUAGCCCAGGUAGUGUCAAGGACACAGAGUGCUGGUGGCAGGUGUGGGGCAUGACAUCCACCUGUUUGCUAACUACUGGUCAUGGGGCUCCAUGCUCCAAGGGACAUUUUAGUGAUGCUGAAAGCGAGGCUGUCUGUGGCCAUCUGGCUCCAGAUCUACUAUGGCAUCUCUUUUCCCCUUGAUAGUAUUUGCUGCUGUAACCCAAAUAUUAUCCAGCUGGUGCCAACUACAUCAGGAUCAGCUAAUAUCCUUGGGCCCUGCACUCAAUGGGAACACAUUUAACAACCAGCUUGCUGCCUACCAGAUGUCUUAGGAAUGAGAAAUUGGAUUCAACUUUUGUCCCUCUUCCAUCAAACUAAUGUUUGCGUGUGUUGACAAUCUUAGCAUGAAAGUGGUCUCAAUAGACAGGUCUUAGAUAAUGUUAGAUUCCAUGAAAUCUGAGCAGGAAGUUGCCUUCUUCUGAUUUGCAUGCCAAAGGUAAGGGAGCCCAGGAAAGCAGGAAGAUGGUGGCUGGUCUGUCCUACCUCCCCUAAGUUGGUAGGGAGGACUUCCUCUUGUCUUAGACAUCUUGCCAGUCAUAUCCUAGGAGCUGACUUGAACGGGGAUGCAGUCUUAGUUUUCAGAUACUUGCUUCCAUUAUCCUGGUGGCUCAUUGCCCUCAUUCUGCAACUUUGUCCUGAGAAAGCAGGAGCUAACCAAGGUCACCACAAAAGUGCUCUGUGCCACUGAUGAGAGAGUUCAGUUAGUAUAAGAUGCUGUUCCUGUAAUAUAUAUGCCAAUCCAUUGGGAGCCAUUGUCUUAGUCUCAUUAAAAACUAAGAUAAGGACAGGAGAAAUAGCUUAGCCAGUAAAAUGCUUACUGUGCAAACAUGAAGGCCUGAGUCCAACCCCAAGAACCCAAAUUAAAAGUAAACUGGACAUGGUGGUAUACAAUUGUAAUCCUAGCACUGGAGAAGUUAGAGAGGGGACUCUACAGGACUCACUGCUCAGCCAAGACUUAUCUGAUUGGGUGAGUUACAGGCAGUGACAAUUCUCAGAAAAGAAAAGAACAAGGUAGAUGCCAGCUGAGAAACAACGCCUGAACUUGACCUCUGGCCUCCACAUACCUACGUGUGUCAGUGUGCACACACAUGCACACGCAUGUGAGCACACUCGGCCCAUGCCUACUCACUGUCUCAUUAUCAUUUCAGACUUGCUUGAGAAUGCACAAAGCAGUUGUGUCUGAGCCCUGUAAGUGACUCCUCUGGGUGGAAAGAGUGAAAUCACAAGUAUCAUUCUCUCCUAUUGCUCCACACAUCCUAGUCUCAGAAGCAUAGGGGGAACGAUCCACCAGGGACCAACCCGAAGAAUGUUAUUUACCCUGCCAAGUAGCCCCGGUAGUUAAAGGCAGACUAAUGUCUGCUUAUCUAUUUGAAAAGAUGGCCUAUCAUUAACUCUUGGCAAUUCAUUUAGAAAACAACUCCAGCAGGCCUAGUGUUCUCAGGCUUCUGAGUUUCCAUGGAGACCAGAAAGGCAAUAGUUGUGACAUCUGAGGAGGUUUUAAUAUCCUCCCAUUGCUGGGAGAGGUAUGCUCACACCUGCCUUGUUAGAGAAAAAGAACGCGGGCACCAGUGAGGACUGGCCAGGACAUUUGUUUGGACUUGGUCUCCAGCUCUCCCCGGCUAGUCUUCUGGGGGAUCUGGUAAGGUACACCCCUCCUUUCUGUGAUGGGGAAUAUUACACCAGUGGCUUGAAAUUAACCAGGGUGGAAGUUUUAGUACACUCAGAAUAGCUAAGUGUUAUAAAUCAAGCCUUCUCCCCAGAGAUCUGGUUGUCACCCAUCUACCAGCACAACACAGGCCACCCCAUUUGUCUCUGGAGCAAAACUCUCCUGGUUCAGAAUCCAUUUGGUCCCAUCUAUCCUAAAGCACAAUAUUCACUUCUAUAGCUUUCCUAGUAAUAAGCAGUUGCCUACCUUCUGUUAUCCCAACACUCAAAGUGCUAGGGAAGUUCAAAUCAAGCAUGAGGGUAAGAUAGCAUGCACAAAAUUACUCCCCUUUCCACACAAUACUGCUGAAGUUGGGCAACAGAUGAAUGGGGACUCAGAGGGUGGGGUCAGGAGACCGGAAAAGGCAAAUCAUGACAACCACUUCCCCCAUGUUGCUUUGGAAGGAGAGUAACCCUGCAAAUCCUUUCUCUGUUCGCUCUGUAUAGGCAACAUGUUGUGUACCCUGAGUUGAAUUGAGAUCUCCUUGUCCCUUCCUUAGCCAGGAAGCAGGAUCUGCCACCCACAACACCACAUAUCUGGAAGGAUGUACGCUGUAAUUUUCACUAUGCCUCUAAAACUGCUUGCCAUCUAUUAAAACUCGAUACACUGGCAUCAUGUCACUGACAAAAACCCAAAUAAGCCUGUUGAUGGAGAGUUUUCAUUAUCACUUAGACACAGGCUUGAAAACCCAAGGGAAGUGAGUAGAGAGCAGCUCCAUUGGCAAUGGACACUAGCCAAUGCUGCGGCAAUUGCCUUCCCAUAAAUGUUUAUAGUCAGGUCUGCACACCUCUGAAACAUGCCCCCUGGGGUCACUGUUCCCACUUGAGCGAUCUACCUCAUUCUGGUAAACCAAUUAAUCCAACAAUGCGAGUUUUUCUCAGGUUUGAGGCAUAAAAACAACAACAAAGCCAAGGCAAAGUCAUUGGCUGGCUUAACUUCCACUAGUUUACAGAGUCACGUUCACUGCGCUUGCGCUUGAGAGGCACUGGGCAGGUGAGACCAUUUUGUGAAAUUUGAGAGUGGAACCUACAGAGGAGAGGACUUCCAGAUCUCAAAUCCACUCAGAGCGUUCGGUUCAGGUCUUACACACACUAUUAGUCUUUUAUGACCUCUCUGCCCCAGUCUAUGCUUUCCUUGGAUCCCUUCUAGGGGGUCAGAAUCUCAGAAACUUAGGGCCCCUGGGAUGCUUGUUGAAUGGCAAAUCAUUAGAGUCUGGGUGUUGCACGGCUAGCUCACCUCCCAUAGAUAUUUGUCUGUGUUCACCAAGCAUGGCUCAGUGGCCUCCUUGGCUCAUCUCUGGUCUUUUCUUUCAGGACUCAGCUAAGGCCCCCAUCACUGAGCAAUAAACCUCUCGCCUUGUGUUUGUGAGAUUUGUUUUUUUUAUCAUUUGUCCUUGUCCUUGAGAGAAGGUAGACAGAGUAGAGCCAAUCCUGUGGACUGGUCGUCACCUGUUCCCAGUCUUAGAUGCACAGCAAGCACAUCUGUGCUUGGCUGUGAUGUGGCUGCCGGAUGAACCAAAGGCUGUGUGUUGUCAGGAUUUGACCAUAACACGGGGUUAAGUAAGUUAGUUGCCUGAUUUUCCUGAGGUUAUUCUAUAAGGUGCUAGAAAUUUCAUGGAUCAGCUCAUAGCCUUCAGCCCAUGAACACCAUGGAGAAAGGGCUGGAGGCCAUGGGGUUUCCAUUGCCUUCCUGAGGUCUGAGGGUUUGAAUGGAGAUAGUGACUCUUAAACUUCCUCAUCCUCAACUGUCACCAAGGAAGGUGUUCAGUAUGAACUCCAGAGUUCUCCACUUCAAAGGUGAAUUCAAGCAAGCUGGCAGAACUUGAGAUUCUAUGAUCUAUAUAUGAUGUAUAUAUUGGUGUUCAGGCGGCUGAGUCAAGUGAUCUUCCAACUGUAGAAAGAUGGUCUUAAAUGUCUGGAUUAAAUGUCCAGAAACCCAGAUGUCUGGCUUGGGCAGUGUUUCCUUUGACCUCUGUGAUGAUCUAGGAAGUAGAUCCUACUAGGCAUCUUCACUUUAUAGAGAAGAUUUUUUAGUCCUGGGUACACAGAGACUUGAGGAAGGAGCUAAGCAGGGUAUAGGAUCCAGAAGGGUUUGGUGGCUGUCAGUCCCCAUCAAAAUGUAUCCCUCCCUUCAGCUCCCAAUCAACUGUCUCCUUUUGCUACUAGUAUCUAGGGAAUUCUGAAGGGCAGUGCCACCUUUAUCCCUCACAGUGAUAGCUCACCUACAGGGACACUAUCUGAUUAGUAUUUUAAGAGUUGAGGGCUCCUUGUCAACCUGUACUUUCAGGAAACUUUGGGCCAUCAUCUGCAUGAGCAUAGUACUGAGCAGCAUUCCUCUAGGAUUCACACAGAGAUGAGGGACUGAGUCUGUUGUAGGGAGAGGGUAGAAGGGCACAGCCUCUCCACCCAGUCUGCUCUUACAGGCAUCUGUGUAGGAGGAGCCUAUCUUGUAAAUUCCCCACCUCCCUAACAGCUCCCAUUUCCUCCCAAGCUCAAGCAGCCUGUUGUCUCCUAGGGAGCUGGGGAGCUCACUUUCUUUCUGUCUUUGCUCCUUGCCUGACCUAAGGGAGAUGGCAGGAAACACAGGCCUUUUCUGCCUCUCUUCAAAAAUUGCUGUGGAUUUACAAGUCUCCUCAGCUCCUUCCCUGACCACAGAGUAAAGAACAAAAGAUGAACACUUUGGGCAGUCAACUUCUGGGAGGGAGAAGGCAUGGGACCUAAGGAAUGGAAUUGUGAAACAUCAGUGAUCCAGCAUAGAGAGGGGUCACAGCUGGAACUUAAGCUGUGCCUCUCAGCCCGACCCACACAUCAUAAGUCAAGGACUAUGAUAUCCCAGAGAUCCGGAGAAAUGGGCUCCUGCAAUGAUAUGCUGAUUGGCAGAUGGCAAAAGGUAGAUUUGACCAAGAGCUAUGGAGUUCUUAUCUGUCACCCCAUAGUCCUGUAAGCCAGAGCUUCCUGUGCCUUGCAGGCCCCAGGGGAGAUGAGUGUCGAGGUGGGCCUAGGUUAAGGGUGCUACUCAGUGCUAUUCAGGGCUGUUUCAGGAGCCCCUGAAAGUCUUUGAAGAGGAAGCAGGCUUUGAGCCAGAACUGCUAGUACAGCCUUCAGUGAGACAUAGAUGUGGACCAGCCUGGGAAGGAUCCAGUGGGGUGGAGCUUAGCAUGCAUCCAGGAACUCUGUCCAGUGGAUGCUUGGAAGUGGGCAGUAUCUCCCAAAAUAUGGUGAAUGUCAUUUGUGUUCAAUGGGGUGGAUGUUUGUGAAGCCAGAACAAAAUUAGAAAAAGACAGGGAGAAUAAUCCACAUGUAUUUAGCUAUCCAAAAAGAGAAGAAAGAAAAGUAGGAGGAAAGAUAAGGAAAAGAAGGAUGGGGGAGGAGGGGAGGCAAAGGGAAUCACGUUCACUUUGAGGGCGUUCACUUUGAGGGCAUUGACAAGUACUCAUCUUUUAAAAUUGAAUAUUUUAUUUAUUCAACACCUAUCCCUUCCCUCUAACACCUUCCCUCCCUCUCCCCACACAAGCUCUCCCUUCCAACUUCAUAUGCUUUUCAAAACCCACUGAGUUCAAUGGGUGUUGCGGGUAUGUGUGAGGGUACAGGGCUAUCUAUGGGGCAUGGACAAUCUACCCAAGGCUAGACCUCAGAGGAAAACUGAUACUCCUUCUCCAACAGCCCUCACUACCAACAACUCCUCAGCCAGAUUGGGGCUUUGUGAUCUCCUCCCCCAGCCAUGCUGGAAUGCCAACUGGCUUGAGCUUAUGCAGUUCUCGUGAAUUUAGCCAAGCCACUGUGAGUUCAUGUGCACAGUGGGUCAGUGUCAUGCCCAGACUGUGCUGCAAUCCUCCCAGCCUCUGGCUCUGACAAUCUUUCUACUGCAUCUUCAAUGAUGGCCCCCAAGUCUUGGUGAAGGUGGCGUAAUAUCAAUGCCUCAGUUAGGGCUGAGUACUCUAUAGCCUCUGGAUCUCUGUAGUUCGACCAGCUGUGGGUCUCUGAAUUAAACCCUAUUUACAGCAAAUACAAACUCCUCUGAGGGUUGAGAGCUGUCCAGUCUGAAGGUGCAGGGAAGUGAUGUCCUAGAGAGCAAUGUUCAGUCAAAUAUAUACAGCUGUGGGGCCAUUCACUGGAGCAUGGUCAACCUAUCUGGCAACAUGUUUAAAAACAAACUGAUUCUCUCUUACAAGAGCCGUGCACUGUCCAUGCUUCCUCAGGUAGAGCUGAGGGCUCAUGAACCCCUCCCCCUCCAUGCUAGAAUGCUGACUGGUGUGAUCUUGUGCAGGCAGCCACAGCUGCUGUGAAUUCAGAAGCACAGUGGCUCUGUCAUGUCUAGAAAACACAAAGGUUUUCAGUCUGAUCCUCCCCAACCUUAUGACAGUCCAUGAGCCUUGCUGUGUGUGUGUGUGUGUGUUAUAGAUAUUCUAUUUAUGGCUAAGCAUUCUACAGUCAUUUAUCCUCAUUUGGUCCGUUGUGACUUUCUCUACUACCUAUCAUCCACUGUACAAAGAUACUUCUCUGAUGAGAUUUCAAAGCUGCAUCAAUGUCUGGGCAGAAAUAUAAACUUAGGGGGCAGUUCAAUGCUGUCUCCAUUUAUAAAAAUAAUAGUAUUAAUAUAUAAAAGAACACAUUCGCCUCUGGAGCUUAUGAGCUCCCCAACUAUGGAUUAUUGGGUAGAUUUACAGUACCAGGUAUAUGUUUCCUUCUGUGUAGUAGGCCUUAAAUCCAAUCAGAAAAUAAUCAAUUACCCCAUAACACUGGUUAACUGUUGUACCCAUGGGCAACUUUUGCCAUGCUGGUCUUUACUGUAGUUACCAAGAUUCCCAGCUGGCUAAGACUGUUAAUGACAUUUUCCCCAGCACCCUGCAUAGCACAUUCCAGUAUUAUGAGAGUUAGCCAGCAAGAGAGGAUGCUUCCUGGUCAGUCUUGAUUUUACCACAUCCUAUGACUGAUGUGUAUAGUAUCUUCAGCAGUAGGAUCGUCUCAUCAAGUUCAGGUGUACAAGGAAGCCAACAUUUACCCUUAAUGGCAGUGUUCAUUCCUUUAUUUAUUUAUUUAUUUAUUUACUUAUUUAUUUGCUUGCUUACUUACUCACAGGUUGUCCCAGCUGACCUUUAAUUCACCAUAUAGCCUACACUGGCUUCAAACCUGCAGUAAAUCUUGUAGUGAUAAGCAAUCCCCCUGCCUCAGCCUCCUGGGUGCUAGUACAUACAGUGACAAUUCAGUUCCAAGAAACCAAGCCCAGGCAGAUUCCCCCAGGGUACCUCUUCAAAUGAUAUCUUGAGUGGGGACAAAUGUGUGUCUUUGUUUUGUGAUUGUGUGACAAGGUUGACAUCCAUGCAAAGCCUGCGGGCUACUGCUACCAGUCCCUGGGAACAAAUGGAAGAAUUAACACAGCGGGGGCAGCCAUGGUACAAAAGCUGGCCUCACACUUCUUAGGCAUGCCGCAUCCUCCCUUCGUGGGAUGGGGGAUAUUGCACGGUUCAUUCUUACAGUGUGUCAUGUAAAUACGCACUUCACAUUUAAAGGCCAAAUACGAAUCAACUCAAUAGCAACAGAGCUCUGUUUAUCGUGUACACCCAUGUUUAAGGAUUUUUUAAAACAAUUGAUAUUUUAGAGUCAAAGGCCUAUGUGUAUACCUUGGAAGUGUCUGCACUUAGAAACUCUGAGACAUGGUAUUUCCCCUUUCCCGUCACACAUGCCCAAUCAGUCUACACAGUCACCAUUAUAUUUAUUCCCUAGCAUGGAAGUAGAGCUCAUGAUCUGAUGGCUUCAAAAGAUCUAGACUCUCUAUCUGGAGACAGGCAGUCUCAGGCUCAGGCCACACUCAUUAAUACCCAAAGAGAACAGGCUUAGGGCAGAAAGCACAUCAGAGGCCAUCACAAUGGCAUUCCUGCAAUGUGUCUGGGUGAAUGGAACCAGGUCAUAAUUGCUCAGGGCUGGUUAAAACCCCCAACACCCAGCCUGCAAAUACCCAGGUCCCCAUUGCCUUCCUUCAGCUCCUCUGUUGCCAAACCUUUGCUUGAAUUAUUAAUAGUAACCAACCCACCCUGCUCAAGAAAGCUUCAAAUGCCAAGUUUCUUUGCAAACUGAAAUAAUUCCAAACCUCAGCAGUCCUGUUUCACAAGAAAUGUGUAAACACAUCCCUCCUGGAGCAUAGAGGCAUUCAUGGGAUCUGGUGCCCCACCAGGCUCAUCGGGGUCUCGUGCAGGAAACUCAGUUGCUCUGAGUUGCAAACAGUAAUCCAGAAGGUACCUGGUCUUGCUCUGCCUGCCACCUGGGGCAGUUACCUUGCUGUUGAAUGGAUCAUGGUCUUUGCUAAGGCACUUCUAGGCGAAGGGAUUGAAACCUUGCCAUAGAAAUGUUGUCUUCUCAUUUGGUGAGCAUGGAGGAUGCUUUUGGGUAGAUAAAAAAAAUCUUCCUCUACUGUUUUGUUCAGUGUGGUGGAUGACAACAGACACCACCAGCUAUACUCAUGCUCCCUCCCUCCCCAAGGAAGCACAGUGAAUAUACCUUGCCCAGUACCCAGUAGAAGAAGCAUCACUUCCUGUAGUUGAGAGGAAAGUUGGUUGAAGGCCACCUAGCAUGCCCUCCUGGAGGCUCCAGGUUACUAGGGCCCCAACGACCAACACUUUAUACUCCUAUCUUCGUAUAUUGCUUUUGUUUUUGCUGUCUCAAAGGAAGGUGAGCAGAGUCAUGCCACCCGUCACUGGAGGCAUCCAGAAAGGGCCAGUAGAUGACACAGAGGUCUUCCAUGGCAAGGACACAUCAAGUGUAUCCAGCAAGGCUAAGGCUAGGAUUCUAUGAGGAAAUGGACUUUAUAUCUUAGAAUUUCAAGAAAAACAAGAUUUCAGAAAAUUAAAGAUAUUUCUGAUGACACUUGGUUGGUUUCUACAGUGUUGCAGUUCCUCUCUAGCAGACUCUUUGGAAAAUGAACUGAAAUACAUGCAGAGUCAGUGCAUCCGUGUGCAUGCCCACAAACGCACACCGCAUAAGGCAAAGGUUCAACACAAACAGCUGAACACUGAGUACCAAACAAAGGGAGCAGAAGGCUACUGUCUUAUGUCAUUGUGCUUUUAACUUUGCUUUUUAAUUUAACCAACAGAACUAUGGUUCCAUUAUUCUUAAAUAAAAUAUCACUAUUAGCUCUCCCAAUGUGGCAACAUUGCCUUCCCUGUGACACACCUGCCGACGGCUGUAAGCUGAUGAAACAGGACUCAAGAGAUUUGAAUCCAAGGCCGAUGCUGCCUGCUCUGUUUACAAUGGCUUAUGUUUUGUGAAUAUAUAUCAAAUGCUGUAAUAUAUUUUUAUGAUAGAAUUGAUGGUUAACACAAGGGAAAUAAAUAUAUUGUGAUUCUGUCCAAUAAAGAUUCCUGUUAUAAAAUCUCACCUGUA